AUGUAUCAAGUUGGAUUGUUAAUAUUACUGGUUUAUUAUGGUUUCUUGUUUCUGAAUUAUGUUAAUAGAAAUGCUGUAGCUAUUGAAUGCUUAGCUUCUGAUCAAGAAGCUCUUCUAGACUUCAAAAAUGGGCUUCAUUCCACCUGCAGUCUCUUGACCUAUGUUGAAAAUCUACAAUGGGUGGACGGCCUCGUAUCUUUGAAGUAUCUGGUCUUGGAUGGAGUUGACCUUUCAUUGUUAUCAGAAACAGACUGCCUCGUAUCUUUGAAGUAUCUGGUCUUGGAUGGAGUUGACCUUUCAUUGUUAUCAGAAACAGACUGGGUUAGUGCAUUAGGCCAAUUUCCUUUUUUAAUAGAAUUGCAUCUGUUUUAUUGUCAGCUUUCUGGUCAUAUUACAUCUCCCCCAUCUCACAAUUUUACUUCACUUGUUGUUUUAGAUCUAAGUUCUAAUAACUUUGUUUCAAACAUACCUGAUUGGCUUGUUAAUAUUAGUACCCUACAAUAUAUUGAUAUAGGACUUAGUGGUUUGUAUGGAAAAAUACCACUUGGUUUAAGAGACCUGCCAAAGUUACAGUAUUUGAAUUUAGGGGACAAUGACAAUCUGACAGCAAGUUGUUCUGAACUCUUCAUGAAAGGAUGGGGAAAGAUAGAACAGCUUGGUUUGUCAUGGAAUAAAUUAUAUGGAACACUUCCUUCAUCCUUGGGAAACAUGACUUCUCUCACUUACCUUGAUCUUUCUUUUAAUGCUAUCGAGGGUGUUAUUCCUAGUUCCAUUGGUCAACUCUGCAACUUAAAUAGUCUUGAUUUAUCGGAAAACAACAUGGCAGGAACUCUACCCGAGUUUCUUCAAGGAGUAGAUAAUUGUCCUUCCAGAAAACCUCUUUAUAAUCUCGAGUUUUUUGAAAUGCACAGUAGCCAAGUACAUGGUAAAAUCCCAUAUUGGUUAGUUCAACUUGAAAAUCUAGCUAGUCUAAAUCUUGCACAUAACCUUCUUGAAGGUCCCAUUCCUGCUUCCUUAGGGUCAUUGCAAAAUAUUAUCUUCUUAGAAAUUGAAGAUAAUAAGUUAAAUGGCUUUUCAAAUGCAAGCGUUGUUGGUUUUAUACCAAAUUGGUUUUGGGAUAUUUCAUCUCACUUGGUAAUUUUCAACAUGUCUCAUAAUGAGUUACAAGGCCGGCUUCCAAAUCCAAUGCCUAUGGCAGUUGCUUCUCUUGUUAUGGUUGAUCUAAGCUUUAAUCUUCUUGACGGACCUCUUCCUGUUAUAACACCUGGAUUUCAGAUGCUAGAUCUCUCGCACAAUCACUUUUCUGGUGUGAUUCCGUCGAACAUAAGUCAACAUAUGGACCUUGGAAAUAACAAUCUGUUUGGGACAAUUCCUGGUUCUCUUGGCCAAUUAAAACGUCUCAGAUCACUGCACCUUAAUGACAAUCACUUUUCAGGGAAUUUGUCACCAUCUUUAAGAAAUUUGUCAAGUUUGGAAACCAUGGAUAUUGGCUACAAUAUACUGUCUGGUAUUCUACCAUCUUGGUUUGGACAUGGUUUUCCAUUUCUUAGAAUUCUUAUUUUGAGGUCUAAUACACUUUCUGGAAAAUUGUCGGAUGACAUUUCAAAACUAGAUUCUUUGCAAGUCCUUGAUCUUGCUAGAAAUGACUUGACUGGCAAGAUUCCCGCUAGCUUGGGUUAUCUGAAAGCAAUAGCCCAAGUGCAGAAGAAAAAUAAGUAUAUACUGUAUGGAAAAUUUGAAGAACACUACUACGAAGAAAGCUUAGAUGUGUAUGUGAAAGAUCAAAUGUUAGAGUAUACCAGGACUCUUUCCCUUGUUACUAGCAUAAACAUUUCUGAUAAUAAUUUCACAGGUAAUAUUCCCAAUGAAAUAACAAAAUUGUAUGGUUUGGUGGUUCUCAACUUUUCAAGAAACCAUUUAACUGGAAAAAUUCCUGAAACCAUGUCAAAUAUGAUUCAACUAUCCUCUCUCGAUCUCUCAAAUAACAAACUUUCUGGAACAAUUCCUUCAAAUUUGUCUUCCUUGUCAUUUUUGGGGUCCCUAGAUUUGUCCAAUAACAACCUCAUGGGUGUCAUUUCUUAUACAGGUCAUAUGGCAACCUUUGAUGCUAUAAGUUAUACUGGGAAUCUUGGUCUCUGUGGUCCUCUACUCCCAGUGAAGUGUUCAGGUGAUGAUGACAACAUACAUAGUAAUAAUAAUGAUACAAAUGGUGAAGGUUUGUUUGAUAACUGGUUUUACUUGAGCCUUGGUUUGGGGUUUGCAACAAGUAUUCUUGUUCCUUAUCUCAUUAUAACAAUCAAGAGUUCUUGGGGAGAUGUAUAUUUUGAUUUUGUGGAUCAAAUUAUUUACAAAUUAUUGAGGUUAAUUCGCAGACAGGGAAAAGAUAAUGGCAAAAGGAGGAAGAUACAUCAUAGACAAUAG